AUGAGAAUUUCACAGUCUUUGUUAAAUGUUUCAUUUGGAUAUUUGUUAGUUUGUAUCCCAUCACUAUUUGCAUCUGACAAUAGUUGGUUCAACUUACCAAGCUUUUUAAAAUUUAAUGGAAUUGGAUCUGGAAAUGUUAAAUUGGAUGAGACAUUCCCCAGAUUAGAAGAUAGUGAUUUAUCUGCUUGGGAAGAAAAUUUCUUGAAAUUAUCAAAUGAAGAAAAAAUGAUUGUUGAACGUGGACAUGGUAUAAUUUCAUAUAAUUUAUAUACAAUUCCUCCUGCAUUAAUUCAAUUUGAAAAAAAGCAAAAUUGUUUUAAGGAUGCUGCCUUAACAUUAAAACAUGGUUGUAGAAAUAUUGAUAUUUCUGAUAAUGAUAAAAUAAAAUACGCGGUACGAUUGACAAUGUGCGAAAUCGCAACGGCCAAUCUCGUUGCUCCAAUGGAAUGUAAUGAUAUUCAAGACGUUGGAACUUGUGUAGAAGCUCUGGCACGAAUUCCUCAACUAUGGACAUCAUAUUCUGGAUAUUUUCGAGAAGUUUUUCACAUGUGUUUCGCAGUACGAUACUCGCUUGAGAGAGAUUUACUCGAAGAACUUCAUAGAAAUAUUACACAAAACCAACUAAUAAAUUAUAGCAUUCUGCGCGUUCAACAAAGUGACAUGAUUUCUUGGCGGAAAGAAGAAAUGGCAAGAUUAAUUCAACUUGAAAAAUCUCAAUCGAUGAUCUUAAACAGUGUUAACGUGAUUGAGAAAAUUACAUCGUUAGCCUCGGUAAACAUGGUAUCACUUAAAGAUAAUUUGUCAGACUCACAGGAAAUUGUGCAAGGUACAUUGAAUCAGUUGUCUCAACUUAGAAAGGAACUUGAAGUAUAUCGAUCAAAGACUAGUGAAACUUUUGAAGAAAUUAACAGUGCAACAGAUCAGCAGUUGAUGUCUCUCAAACGAACAAUGGAAUACGUAGAAAACAUCGCCAAAAUAAAUAUUAAGAUUUCGGAAAAUUUACAAAAAAUUGACGCUGCGCUUCACAACACAUUAACGGCUCAAGAAAAAGUUUAUAAUAUUAUAGAAGAAUAUAAGGACCAACAUCAAGAUUUAGCAAACCAGUGGCAAAAUUCCUUAUUAGAAGCAAAACAAAAUUUGCAAGUGUUAUUAAAUAUCUCUCAGUCUGAAAUUCAAUUACUUGCAAAGACUGCAAGUGAUGCGCGUGAGAGUCAAGAAAGCAUUAUUAAGGUUUUAAGGCCUCUAGGUGUUCUUGUUGAAUUUAUUAGUUGGAUAUAUGCAAUUCUUAUUAUCACAUUCAUCCGAAAUCGGUUGAAUAUUGUACAGAGUUCAAUACCUCAACUUUCCGCUAAUUUACCCAUAUUGGAUUCAAGAUCACAUCCAGACAUCAGAGUAUCACUUCCGAGAACAUCAUCAGAUUUUUAUCUUGCAGAGCCCGAUUUUGGUGGGCAUAGUUUUAAUAACUUAAGUGGAAGUUUUUGUAGUAAUGGUAGUAGUGUGAUAUAUGAAUUAAGUCAGGGUUCAGAAGUGAUUUUCCUUUAUUUUUGGGGAUUUCCUCCUUCUUUUCGUAAUAAACAUAUCUUUGAAAAUUUGACUGCCAAGAUAUUACUUUUAAGAAUAAAAGAAUUAACACUAUGUCGGAGAAAAACUGGUAACCUGCCACCAUGUUAUCCGGUUGUUUAUCAUAAUAUUCAGGAAGAUAUUAUUGAUUCUGAUUCUCGUGAUACCGUUCAAAAAUCUUACAAACACGAUAAUGUAAGCUAUUUCCGAUGGUUUUUCCUUAUAACACUUAUUGACAUCAUUUUUGGUGUAUUCAUCGGUAUUGGUUGGGUUUUUGGAGGUGGUGGUGGAUUAAUUGAGAUGGUCUAUAACUUCAAUCUGAUCAAGGAAAAAGGAGCUAUUGUCAUUGUCGCUGGUGUUUUUAACGCUGUUUGUGCUACGUUAGUGUUUGCGCAAGUUGUUUUACAUAUUAUGUUGUGGCGCAGGGUACAAGCUUACUUCGAUUCUAAAGGUUGGAAAUUCUUCCCUUCAAAUUCAAAGUGA